CAAAAGGCACUUAUGGCCCGUAUUGCCAAAGAAAGUGUAAGUGCCUGAAUGGUGGCAGCUGUGACACCAUGAUUGGAACCUGUGACUGCCUUCCUAGCUUCAUCGGGGCUGACUGCAGUCAAAUAUGUCCUCCAACAAAAUAUGGCCCAAAUUGUGAGCUAAAAUGCACCUGUAAAAAUGGUGGCCUUCACAAUCCUGUAGAUGGAAGCUGUACCUGUGCCCUUGGAUGGACAGGAGAUUAUUGUGAAAAAGAAUGUUUUCCUGGUUAUUUUGCUCCAGGCUGCCAUUUUAAUUGCACGUGUCAGAACAAUGGAGUUUGCAGUAGGUUUUCUGGAAGAAUGUGAAUACCUCCCUGGUUACUACGGAAGAGACUGUGAACAUGCAUGCCUUCCUGGAUUUUAUGGUUUGAAUUGUGUUCACAUCUGUGACUGCAAAAAUGAAGCCAAUUGUGAUGCAGCCAGUGGACAGUGCAUUUGCCCAGCAGGUUUCCAUGGCAACCAGUGUGAAAAAGAAUGUUCAGCUGGAAUGUUUGGAGACAAUUGCCAUCAACUUUGUGAUUGUGAAAGAGAUCCUGCCACCCAGUAACUGGAAAAUGCCUCUGUCCACCUGGGAAAACUGGAGGGAGAUGUGAUGCUGGAUGCAGGUCAGGCCAGUACGGACCCAACUGCUCUCUGAAGUGCCAGUGUGUCCACACAGCUCACUGUGACCCUCUUAAUGGGCACUGCAAUUGCCCCCCAAAGAGAAUGGGUCCAACCUGUGAGGAAAAUGGUUUGGACGAUCCUCAACAACCAAAUGCUAACAGCUUUUCAGUGGAUGAAUAGAAUUUUGCUGAGGUUCACCCAUGGUUCAUCAUCUUAACUUUGGCAGAGAAAUGUACUUACUCAACCAUCUUCAGCCCAGCCUCGCCUGUUGUGAGGUGAAAGACAGGACGUCUCAACUUUAUGGUCUCCAAGCACAAGUUCCACUCUCUAGCCUACCCUUCCCAACUUCCUUUCGCUGAAGAACAUGCCCAAGAAAAAGAGAAUGUUUUUUCAAGGUCCCAAAUUGUAGUAACAUUUUGGACUAAUAAAUGAAACUCUUUUUUUAUGUGCACAGGAGGUAUUUAAAUUUGGAAGUAAGAACUGCUUUUCAGUUCAGGUUGGACUGCACUGAAAUAUUCACACCUAUUCACUGAAGACCUCAGUGACCAUUAAGUAGCUGGAUCCUCUUUAGAAAUGUCUAGAAUUUCAUCUAUUUAUUCUCGGUAUCCUGCUUCACAGCUAAGUCAGCUUCAGAUUGUUAAUGUAUUGUAUUUCAAACAUGGCUUUUGGUGUGGGAGGCUAUUAAGACUUUAGCCACAUAAAGAUCAGGGCAAAAGUAUGACGUGCAGACUUACAAUGAAUCAUCAAAAUGUUUGAUGGUGUUCUCCUCAUCACUGGUCAGCAGACAGGAAGAAAAAGUGAGUGAAACUGAUCAAGGCAAGUGCUUAGCCUGCUCCACCGAUUUCCCAUGGAGUAGGACCUGAUUGGAAGCAAGCUUUUAAUCCACACUGUAAUCUUCACCCAAGCUGUUCAUCAGUUAGGUCGGUUCUAUAAGAUGUGUAAGCAUGAGCCAUGUGAUGAGCCCCAGAGAGACACAUCAAUAAAUAUGAUUAUAUUCUUGCUCUCAACUGGUUUAUAAGCAUUUAAAAUUUCAGAUGACUGCUUAAUUCACUUUAAAUAACAAUGAUUUUCUUGAUUAGAAAUGUUGUUAUUCAUGUUAUCUAAUGGGAUAAACAGAGAAUACUGAAAUGACAUGACUAUAUAUUUGACUUAA